ACUCAGAGCUGUUGUUGGAGGAAGAGGAGGAGCUUUUCCCUCUUCAUCACCAGCUCUCUGAGCUCCAGGUAGCUGGAGAAUCUUUGAGGUUCUGGAGUAAUAUCUGUGUGGUUCUGGUUCUGUUCUGGUCUGACCCGUUCUGCUUGGUGGGCCAUGCAGCGCUGCGCCUCCUCCCAGCCUCUUGUGGAGGAGAUCCAAGCUGAGGAAGAGGAGGAGGAGGAAGAGCAGGAGGUGUUUCAGGAGACGGGAGGCGUUAACGAGGAGCAGGUCGGUCCGGUGGAGGAGGCGUCGGCCCGGGAACCCGAUGGCCGGCCAGCUCCUGUGGAGCAUAAGAACGGGAAGCGGGCCGAAGCCGGACCCGGCGUGGCGGACGGCGGUCCGAGGUUCUCCAUGUUCACCUGGCUGAUGGUCGUGGCUCUGCUGGGUGUCUGGAGCUCCGUGGCCGUCUUCUACUUUGACAUCGUGGACUACGACAGAGUCCUAGCGAGGGCGCAGGAGUUUCGUAUGAACUUUUCUGAAGUUCUGCAAGGGAAACUAGCCGCCUACGACACGGACGGAGACGGAGACUUCGACGUGGAGGACGCCAAAGUUCUGCUCGAUCAGAGGAGGUUCAGAGGAAGCUCUGAGCGGAUCAGAACAGAGGAGGAGAAGAAGAGAGGGAGGCGCAGAGCACCAGGAGAGACUUCAGAGGAGGCUGAAACGAACCAAACCAAAGCUCAGACUUCGGGUCCUCUGGUCCGAGGCGUCAAGCUGCGCUCGGCUCUGAGGGAGGAGCUCAGGCUGAUCCAUGAGAAGAUGGAGGCCAAGAGGAUCGCUCGGAUCGCACUGGCCGAGAUCCGGGCGCUCCUGGCUGAGGAGGAGCAGGAGAGGGAGGAGGCUUGGGCACAGAAGAUGAAGGACCUGGAAACAGCUCAGGAGCAACUGAGGGAAGAGAGGAGGAUAGAAGAGCAAAGGGUGGAGAGGGAAAGGGCGGAGAGGGAGAGACUGGAGAGAGAAAAGGUGGAGAAGGAAAGGGCGGAGAGGGAGAGACUGGAGAGAGAAAAGGUGGAGAAGGAAAGGGCGGAGAGGGAAAAGGUGGAGAAGGAAAAGGCAGAGAGGGAAAGGGUGGAGAAGGAGAGACUGGAAAAGGAGGAGAGGGAAAGGGUGGAGAAGGAAAGGGCAGAGAAGGAAAAGGUGGAGAAGGAGAGACUAGCGAGGGAAAGGGCGGAGAAGGAGAAACUAGCGAGGGAAAAACUGGAGAAGGAGAGACUAGCGAGGGAAAAACUGGAGAAGGAGAGACUAGCGAGGGAAAAACUGGAGAAGGAGAGACUAGCGAGGGAAAGGGCGGAGAAGGAGAGACUAGCGAGGGAAAAACUGGAGAAGGAGAGACUAGCGAGGGAACAGGUGGAACGACAGAGGGCAGAAAAAGAGAGGAGCGAGAGGGAACGCCUCAUCAAGGAGAGAGAAAGAUUAAGCCAAGAAAGAGCAGAAAAGGAAAGAUUAGAGAAGGAGAGACUCCAAAGAGAAAGGGUCGCCAAGGAGAAAGCAGAGAAAGAAAGAAUAGAGAGGGAACAACUUAGUAAGGAGAGAGAGAGAAUCGCCAAACAGAAGGAGCAACUAGAAAAAGAAAAAAUUGUCAAAGACAAAUCUGAAAAAGAACAAUUGGACAAGGACAAGGCCGAAAAAGAAAGACUGGAGAGGAUUGCUAGAGAAAGGGAAAGAAUGGCCAAAGAAAAAUCUGAAAAGGAAAAGAUAGACAGAGCAACUAAAGAGAAGGAAGAGAGACAGAGGAUUGCUAGAGAAAGAGCUAGAUGGGCUCAGGAGAAGGAGAGAUCAGAGAAAGACCUGGCAGUGAGGAAGGAGAGGGAACAGAUGAUGAAGGAAAGAGAGAAGCAGGAGAGGGACAAGUUGGAGAAACAAAGGCUAUCCAGAGAGAAGGAACUGAUGGAGAGACAGCGGCUGGCUGGAGAGAAGGCCCUCCAGGAGAAGAUGGAGGCAGAGAGGUUGGCCAAGGAGAAGCAACUAAAUGCCACAAAGAACGACAUGAAGAGACGAGACCUUCCAGAGAGGAAGUACAAUGCUUCCCAAGCUUUAGCUCCAGCAGCCAUCAGGAGGGACAAGAUGGCUGCUGAUGGGACUAAAAACUGACUGAUGAAUGGACGAUGCUCCAACUCUAUAGUCCAGGGAAACGGAUGAACUCCUGGUUUAAAAACCAGGUUUAUCUGGGUUGGGUUUGUUUGGACACAUGCAGGUGUUGUACCUGUUGGGAUAUUGGAGCCAAAUUCUGUUUGGUCUCUAUAGAUGGGCUGUAGGCCCAAAUAUACGAGCCGAGGGGUGACAGGUGGUAGGCAGGCAUUGAACCCAAAAGGACGUAAGUUUUUGACCGCUGUGGCUGAGUCUGUGUAAAUACUGUUGUGUGUACUUGGGAGUUAUUGGGUUUUGUGCAUUAAUUGUCUUGUCAGAGUUGAAUAAACUGGUGAACCUGAAAUGCAAGAAAACCCUUGGCACUGACUUUUAUGUGCCACAAGAGGUACAAUGUUUGCCACCUAGUGCGUCUCAGCAAAGCAGCUAUGGAUCAACACUUCAGCAGUACAGUAUUACACUGGUUAGUACAAGGGAUGACACCAGUCCUCCUCUGUCUCCAACUUUUAGCAAGUUGAAUCAGAUACUUUUAUUUUGACAGAUAAAUGAAGAUUUCAAAAUGUCAUUGGGCUGUCACUUUAGACAAGUCACCUGUUAUUGAACACCCAAUCAUGGACACGUAGCGCUAAAGGAAACUUGGAAUAAACAUAUUUCAGAGAACCUGGCGUACCGUGGGAGCCAGAGUACCUCCAGGUAUCUGGAGAGUACCCCCAGAUACUCUGACUGCUACUAGCAGGAUCUCCAGUAGCAGUCAGUCUUGCUCCCCAUCCACAUGGAGACGUACAGAAAGGUCCCCAGGUCGGGAUUCAAACCCAGUCAACCGUUCUACCGUCAGCCCCACUCUGGUGUUUGGUUUGUAUCAGCUGGUGCUCCAUGUAGAUACUCCUAGCCACUUUAUUUUUCUUCAUAGUUGCAUGUUUUGGAUGAUCAAUGGGGAUAAUCAUAAAAGUGAUAACAAAUAUAAAAUUUUAUUAAAUUCAGGGUUUUUUUCCUAAAAACUUUACAGACCUUCCCAGAUUGCUGUUCUGAUCCCAGUUUGGGCCAAUUGAAGAAUGAAAGAUUUUGAUGUGUUAAUUACCAAAGAAAAUAAAAGUUGAAUCUUUGGAUCUCAAAGAUGUUGGGAAACAUCCCCAACUUCUGAAAAAGUUGACCCACGGUUGCAACAAAGUGUUGUACCUCUAAAAAAUGUUGCAUAAAACCAGUGGUAGGAACUGCUAACUAAAAAGUUAGCUGUGCUAACCCUAAAGCAGUAGUGGAGCGCUAAGGCACUACACUAACACAGUAUGUAGCGGAAGCUAAUGCUAAAAUUGCUCAACUGUCAAUAACAAGAACUUCAACACAGAUGUUGAACUUUAUUCAACUGAGUUUACAAAACACCAAAUAAAUUAAUGUUUUCAAAGUUAGCUAAAUGCUAAGCUAAAGAUUAGCUCCUCUAUUAGCAGAAGUUUGUCCACCUCUGUAUAAAACAGACAUGAGGGCCGAGUGCAGACACCAGCUACAUUUGAAUAUUGCUGUUGUGUAAAUGAUUGUUUACACGGGGGACCAGCAGGGGGCGCUAUAAAAACAGACUCUGCUCUGCAUCAGGAGCUCCAGCUCCUUUCUGCUGGUUCACAAACAUUCAACUUGUAAUUAUGGCAACUUUUGUCAGUUUCUUGUCUUUAAACAAUCAAUAAAAAGCAUCUUAACUCUGUAUGUAGAAGCACUGAAACUAGAACAUACCACAGGUAGAAACUUUAUUAUAAUACAUUUAAUAUAAAGAUAUGACCUCAUGUUUCUGUGUGGUUGUUUGUUAGGAUUGCUUUGGUUUAAGUUCAUUUCUGUUUUAUUUCAUUCAUUUUAUUCUUGGAUGUUUUGAGUUUGUAGUGAAAUGUUUGGAGUUCAGUUCAUGAUCCUCUGGGUUCCUCCUGGUGACGGCUGCCUGUAAACCACAUCAGUCAGACACUCUGCAGGUUUCUCUUCUGCUUUCAUGUAUUUCCUGUCUGUACUUUAAUAAAACAGAGAAAAUGUUUUGGCUUCA